UAUCAACCUGCAGAUUUGGCAACCUUGUUGUCCUUGUAUGAAGUGACAGAUGCCGCUGACGCCGGUUAAAGAAUUGGCGAAGCGGGAAGCUAGUGUUGUGAGAAAUUAAAACAAACAACAAAAAUACAAUUUUAGCGUCAUUCUUUGUAUGAAGCAGUAGUUGUAUUGAGCGCCUGUAACAACUGAAAUGUAUUUUAAACAGAUUUAAUGUGGUACAGUAAAAUUGGAUAAGAAAUUAUAGCACAAAAAAUGGCGGACAUAAAGGCUAUGUUUUCAAAUAUGGCUAAUGGUAGUGCAGGUAGUGGAGAUGCUGCCUCACCACCAAAACCACCCAAAAAAACAACAAUCGAGCAAACUUAUCAAAAAAAAUCCCAAUUGGAGCACAUAUUGCUACGUCCUGAUACAUAUAUAGGUUCCGUUCAGAAAACCAAAAGACCUAUGUGGAUCUAUGACACUGAACAGAAGAUGAUGGUCCAAAAAGAAACUGAGUAUGUCCCAGGUUUGGUCAAGAUUUUUGAUGAAAUUUUGGUAAAUGCUGCCGAUAAUAAACAAAAGGAUAAGAACAUGAAUUGUAUUAAAAUUGAUAUUGAUUCUGAACAAAAUAAAAUAUCUAUUUGGAAUAAUGGGAGAGGUAUACCUGUGGUAAUGCAUAAAGAAGAAAAGAUGUAUGUACCCACCAUGAUUUUUGGUCAUCUUUUAACUUCAUCAAAUUAUAAUGACGAAGAAGAAAAAGUUACAGGUGGUAGAAAUGGUUAUGGUGCCAAAUUAUGCAAUAUUUUCAGUGAGAAAUUUAUUGUUGAAACUGCUUCUAAGCAAUAUAAAUACCAGUUUAAGCAGACUUGGGGUACUAAUAUGACAAAAGUUUCUGAACCUAAACUAAAGCAGUUUCAUGGUGAAGAUUUUACCAGAAUAACUUUCUGGCCAGACUUAGCUAAAUUCAAAAUGGAAAAAUUAGAUGCUGAUAUAGUUGGAAUAAUGUCAAGGAGAGCCUUUGAUGUUGCUGCUUCUACCAGAGGAAUCAAAGUGUUUUUGAAUGGGGAAAGAUUACCUGUAAAAACAUUUAAAGAUUAUGUUGAUUUAUAUAUAAGAGGGCAAGAGGAUGAUGAAGGAAAUAGUUUAAAAGUUGUUUAUGAGCAACCAAAUGAACGUUGGGAAGUGGCAGUCACAAUUUCAACGAGUGGUUUUCAACAAGUGUCAUUUGUCAAUAGUCUUGCCACUACAAAAGGAGGACGUCAUGUUGAUUAUGUUGUUGAUAUGAUUGUAAAACAAGUAAUAGAAAUUAUAAAAAAGAAGAAUAAAGGAGGGACUGCUAUUAAACCUUCUCAAGUUAAACAAUACAUGUGGAUCUUUAUAAAUUGUUUAAUUGUAAACCCUGGUUUUGAUUCUCAAACCAAAGAAUAUAUGGACUUAAAUGUGAAAAAUUUUGGCUCAAAAUGUAAUUUGUCUGAAAAAUUUAUGCAGAGUGUAGCAAAAAGUGGCCUUGUAGAGUACAUUCUAUCUUGGGCUAAAAAUCAACAAAAAAAAGAGCUGGCUAAAAAUAGUGCUGGUAGGAAACAACUCAAAUUAAAAGGAGUUCCUAAACUUGAAGAUGCUAACGAAGCAGGAUCAGUUAGGGCUCUAGAGUGCACUCUAAUCUUAACUGAGGGAGACUCAGCUAAAUCUCUAGCUGUAUCAGGACUUGGUGUAAUUGGCCGUGACUAUUAUGGUGUUUUUCCUCUAAGAGGUAAAUUACUUAACGUGCGUGAAGCUACACACAAACAAAUUACAGAAAAUGCUGAAAUAAAUAAUUUGGUAAAAAUUAUUGGUUUGAAAUAUCAUAAGAAAUAUAAUACAAUCGCUGAUAUGAAGACAUUAAGAUAUGGCAAGGUAAUGAUUAUGACUGAUCAAGAUCAGGAUGGUUCUCAUAUUAAAGGUCUAGUAAUCAACUUUAUUCAUCACAAUUGGCCUGAAUUAUUGAGACUUAAUUUUCUCGAAGAAUUUAUUACACCUAUUGUUAAAGCUAAAAAGAAAAAUAGUGAAUUAUCAUUUUAUUCUUUACCAGAAUUUGAAGAAUGGAAACGCGAUACCCCUAAUCAUAACACUUACCAAAUAAAGUAUUACAAAGGUUUGGGAACUUCUACUUCAAAAGAAGCUAAAGAGUAUUUUAGCAACAUGGCUAGGCAUCGAAUUUGUUUUCGCUAUAGUGGUCAAGAGGAUGACGAUCAUAUUGUGUUAGCUUUUAGUAAAAAGCAUAUUGAAGCUAGAAAAGAAUGGCUAACAAAGUUUAUGGUUGAAAGUAAGCAUAGAAAGGAAAUGGGACUACCUGAAAAAUAUCUAUACACUAAAGACACCAAAUUCGUCAAUUACAAGGAUUUUGUAAAUCUAGAAUUGGUUCUUUUUUCAAAUGCAGACAACGUGAGAUCUAUUCCUAGCCUCGUUGAUGGUAUGAAGCCAGGUCAAAGAAAAGUACUCUUUACCUGUCUAAAAAGAAAUGAUAAAAGGGAAGUCAAGGUUGCACAGUUAGCUGGAUCUGUUGCAGAACAUUCAGCUUAUCACCAUGGCGAGGUAUCUCUUUCUAUGACUAUCGUUAAUUUAGCUCAGAAUUUUGUCGGCAGCAAUAAUAUUAAUGUGUUAGAACCAAGAGGUCAGUUCGGAACUCGACUAACUGGCGGGAAAGAUUGUGCUAGUGCCAGGUACAUAUUUACAAAACUUUCACCAUUAACACGAAUGAUUUUUCAUCCCAAUGACGAUGCGUUACUAAAACAUGAAUAUGAUGACAAUCUUAAGAUAGAGCCUGUUUGGUACAUUCCCAUAAUACCUAUGAUCUUAGUGAAUGGGGCCGAUGGUAUAGGAACUGGUUGGAUGACUAGAAUUUUAAAUUAUAAUCCUAGAGAUAUUGCAAAAUGUAUUAGAAAUAUGUUAGAAGAUGAAGAACCUAAAGAACUUGUUCCAUGGUACAAAAAUUUUAAAGGGACUGUUGAGUAUUGUGGAGAUGGAAGGUAUUGUAUUAGUGGAGAAAUAAUUAUAACUGGACCGAAUACAAUUGAAAUAACAGAAUUGCCUGUUGGAACAUGGACUCAGAAUUAUAAAGAGAAUACAUUAGAACUUAUGUUGAAUGGGUCUGAGAAAGUCAAACCAAUAUUAAAAGAUUAUAAAGAAUAUAAUACAGACACUACAGUUAAGUUUGUUGUAACAUUGCUAAAUGAUGUGGCAAGUUUGGAAAAGGAAGGGUUACACAAAGUCUUUAAAUUACAGAGUUUAUUUAGUACAGGUUCGAUGUGUUGUUUUGAUGAACUUGCCUGUUUGAGGAGGUUUGACACAGUAAUGGAUAUACUAAAAGAUUUUUAUACUUUGAGACUGAAAUUUUAUCAAAAAAGAAAAGAUUUUCUUGAAGGAAUGUUAGAUGCUGAGGCGAAAAAGCUAAGUAACCAGGCUAGAUUUAUUAUGGAAAAAUGCGAUGGUUCCUUGGUAGUUGAAAAUAAAAAGAGAAAAGUUAUUGUCGACGAGUUAAUACGUCGAGGUUACGAACCCGAUCCUGUGAAGGACUGGAAACAGAGAAAUGACGACGAGGAUGCUGAAGAGCCAGCAGAUGGAGAUGAAGAAGAGUCCCAAGAAGAAACUUCAACUACCAAAAAGAAAAAAGAACCAGCUGAUACAGAAGCUAACUUUAAAAACCUAACAGAAGUAAAAAAAUUUGAUUAUUUAUUGGGGAUGUCGAUGUGGAUGUUAACAGAGGAAAAGAAAAAUGAGCUACUGAAACAAAGGGACAAAAAAUUACAUGAAUUGGAGGUUUUAAGAAAAAAAAGUAAUAAAGAUUUAUGGCGAGAGGACUUGGAUGCAUUUUUAGAAAAAUUAGAAGAAGUUGAAGAAAAAGAGCGGAAAGAUGAAUUAGAAGUUAAAACUGUAAAGCAACCUGGAAAUCUUAAACAAGAGAAAGGACGGGGAAAGAAAAAGGCUAAGAUUCAGGAAACUUUGCCAACAACUACAGGAACAAGAGUAAUUCCAAUAAUUUCUGAAGAUUUAAAGAAGAAAAUUCAAACAGCUGUUAAACUGAAAGAAAAUAAAAUUAAGAAAGAAAUUAAGAAAGAGGUUACUGAAGGUGAUGAACCUGACGAAUUUGAUGAGAUGGUAAAAAGUAAAAAGACCUUGAAAGAUAAAUUGGGAUCUUCUGAAGACGCAGAGAAGAAAGCUAGAAAGAAAAAGCCAACAGAUGGUCUAAAACAGACUAAAUUAAAUUUUGAAAGAAAACCUGCUAAUGGAUCUCCUAAAAAGAAGGGUAGAAAAAAGAAAGACGAUAUUGAUAAUGAGACAUCUGGUGAAGAAAAUGCAAAAUCUGAUUCUGAAUCUAUUAGCAGUCCCGUUGUUUCUCCAGUCAGAGAAAGAACAAUUCGACGUGCUGCUACAAAGGUUCAAAAGUACAACUUCUCUGAUGAGGAAGAUGAUAAUAAAGAACUGUCAGAUAAUGAGGAUUUGCAUGAAAAUACUUGUUUAGAAGAAAGAGAAAGUGAACCGGUUUUAUUAAGCGAUAGCGAUGAAGAUAAGCCUCCUCCACCCAGACUUGAAUCUUCAGAAGAUCUUUUUGACAGUUUGGUUGGUACAAAAAAAGAUCCUGAAGAACAGAAAGAUACGGAGACAGAACCAACGUCACAAAAAAGGAAAAUUAUCUCAAGUCAGUCUGACUCAGAUCAGUCAGACAUUCAACCUAAAAAGGCAACAAAACCGAAAGGUGAAAAAAAACCGAGAAAACCAGCUAAGAAGAAAAAAUUCAGCGACAGUGAAGAUGACGAAGUCCGACCCAAAAAAGCUAAAACGCAAAAAAAAGCUGUCAGUAGUUCUAAUGAUAAGGAAGACUUGGAUGAAUCUGAUGAUAUGCCAUUUGCAUCACAAAGAAGUAGACCCGGAAGAGGGGCAGCAAAAACAAACUAUGUUUUUAGUGACGACUCCGACGACAAUUAUUAAGUACCUACUGUAAUUUCUACUUUCCGGUAAUUUAUAAUUGCUCCUAGAUGUAAUUAUUCUUAUUUUAUACAGGUCUCAAUCAUGUUUAAAAAUGAAAAUGUAUUGUGAUUUAUUUUCUCUUAACGUUUUAUGAUUGAUAUUUUAAAUUUUUUAAGUUGAGAUAUAUGAAAACAUAUCCGUUUUAUGUCUGUACUGAAUAUAAUCAUCAUUUUGACAGUGGUGUGCAUAUAAUGCAGACAAAAGGGCGUUGCCUAUCCCAGGCAAUAUAAUAAAAUAUAUUUUUUAUAUCAUUACAUUAUAACUUUUUACUAUCCAACAAUUAAUAUAUUAAAAAAAAUUUUCGAUGACUGGAAUGGCUAAUGUGUAAGAAAGAGAUAGAAUAAGAAAGUAACGCGUGGUUUAAUUUUAUCGACGUCGCGCGUCGACUUGUCUUGUACAGUGAUGCCAUAUCUGAAAAAAGAAUUCCUAAUUUAUAUAAGAAUAAUUAUUUUAAUUACUUAAUAAGUUACUUAUGCUUUUCUUGUUUUAUUAUUUUGUCAAUUUUUGCCUAUUUUUUGCUUUGAUCUGAGCUGCAUACCACUGCAUUUUGAUGAAGCAAACAAUUUUUUUUGUUUGUUUUGUACUUCGUAAAUUUAAUAUAAUAUAUGCAAAAAA